CACAGCAGGCAGAGGCAGCAGCAGGACCCGGCGGCUGCUGCGGAGGAUGCGAACUUUCUGCUGGCUGCUGCUCCCGCUGGUUACAGGCAUCCAUCCAGAAUGCAAAAUAUUCCAGCAGGUGGUCAAAGAGGAGGCUCUCUGCUUGGAACACAAUGAAUCUGCCUCACCUGAUCUUAAAGGAUGUGCCAGAGAUUGGGAUGGUUUAACCUGUUGGCCUAGAGCCACUUUUGGAGAAGUGGUUAAAAUUCCCUGUCCACGAUUUUUUGAAGAAUUCACCAGUACCCAUGGUUUCCUUCAGAGGAACUGUACACAGGAGGAAUAUUGGUCAGAGCCAUUCCCACCAUACACCAUUGCCUGUGGGUUUGAUGAAGGUUCCAGCAAAGGACCUGAGGAUCAGAAAUCCUAUUAUUCUGCAUUUUGGCGUGUCUACACCGCCGGCUAUGCAGCAUCCGUGACUUCGCUCAUUACAGCUUUAAUUGUCUUUGCUGCCUUCAGAAAAUUCCACUGUACACGGAAUUACAUCCACAUGCACCUGUUUGUCUCCUUUAUCCUGAGAGCAGUUGCUGUUUUCACCAAAGAUGCUGUUUUGUUUGCAGAUGAAACUAUGGACCACUGCCUCAUGUCAACGGUUGCUUGUAAGGCUGCUGUGGCAUUCUUCCAAUUCAGUAUUUUAGCCAAUUUCUUCUGGCUUCUUAUCGAAGGGAUCUACCUGCAAACCCUGCUGCUGCUGACCUUUGUUUCCAACAAGAAGUUUGUGUGGUGGUUCAUAUUUACUGGCUGGGGAGCUCCCACUGCUGUGAUGUUUGCUUGGGUCCUCACACGAAUCCACCAACAAAACACUGGAUGUUGGGAUGAUGAUGAAAAUGGAGUGGUGUUAUGGAUUAUCAAAGGCCCCAUCCUGCUAACUGUAUUAAUUAACUUUAUUAUAUUCAUUAACGUGAUCAGGAUUCUAGUCCAUAAAUUGAAAUCCCAAGAGGGAGGAGGGAGACAUUCAAGCCACUUUGUGCGACUUGCAAAAUCCACAUUGCUUUUGAUCCCCCUCUUUGGGGUUCACUACAUUGUGUUUGCAUUUUUCCCAGAGAGCACUGGUCUGGAAGCUCGGCUUUAUAUCGAGCUGGGCCUGGGCUCAUUUCAGGUUCAGACUGAGCUGAAGAAACAACUGUGCAAGUGGCAGUACCAGGAAUACCUGACCUUCACCCACAAACACGGGACCUUGUCCAGAGAAACCAGCCCAGUCAACCACGUCACUCAGUUAUCCCUGCUGGACAAAAACAGCCCCAAACGGAGAACCUCUGUGUCCCAGGACGGUGUCACCACUGUCUGAGCAGGGCAAAUUGCUGUGACAUUGUGAUAUUGUGAUGUGCUAUCCAGAGGUGGCCAACUGGAUCCUUUGUGGCUUUCCAUAGUGUCAGGAGCCUCCUGUAAAUUCCUUGUCCUGAACAGGAGUUGCUUUUCUCACCUGGUACAGAUCUGCAUCACAACUCUGAUUCUUUCUCUCCUGAAGCAUAAAAUCCCCUUUGUUUUGCUGUGAAAAGCCAGACUUUGAGCUGGAGUGAAUCAACAGGUUAGCAUACACCCCCCCCUACAUUAACUCCUCCCAGGCCCAGCAUGUUUGUCAUAUCUUUGUUAGCAUUUCCCAAAAUUUCCAGUUUUCAAGACCAUGAUUCCUAACCAUCAUUUGAAAGGGUUAUUUGGUGGCCAGGCUUUGCCAUAAUGAUUUCUGGUGUUUUACGACUUGUUUUGAGGUGUCUUGAGACAAUUUAAUGGAGAUGAGGCACAGAAACCUGCCAAGCACUUACCUACAGCAAAGCAAUCUGCUUUAAAAGGAAUCUCAAUAUGUCUUCAGUGACACAAACAAGUGACACAAAAUAUCUGCUUGAUUUUUUUUUCUUCUAAGCCUGUUGAACAGAGACUAAAUUAGGCCAGAGGAUCCCAAACCCUUUCUUGUCCAAAGGAAAAUAUGGAGCAGAGGAAUAUUAGGCAGAUGAUGUGUGAAGGAAUAAAUUAGAGCAAACCCAAUGCCAGGUGCUAGCUGGGGUGCCUUGUGCUCAGAAUGACUUACAGACCUACUCUUAGCGCCCAGAUGUCGGUUUGUGUGGGACAGACGUUCAAAACCUUGAAGAUCAAUCAGUGAAACACCCAAUUAAACUGUACUUUUGUGCUUUUUUGAGGACAUGCCUUUAAGAACUAAAGUCUCAGUCCCGCCCAGCGUUUCUCAGCUCAUUAUCACUGCACUCAGUGCAGUUUCAGGGAUCAGGAUGCACAGCCCGGCAGUGACGUCUGGUGAAGCAAAAUCUGGUCUGGUGAAGCAGAGUGAACCAGAGCCAUGCUUGCACCAUUCUUUGGGUGACCUUCCUCUUUCUUCAGGACUGAGCUGGACUCGACCUCAGCCUUUCCAGAAGCAAAGAAAAGGCACUCAAGGUACACAAGAUGGGUCAAGCAUUCCCAGGAGAACCUGCAUCAGGCUUGGAAGCACUGCUGGAGACCACAGCCAUUCACUCACACUCUGAGCUCCAGUGUCAAUUUAGCUAAAACCCCCAGUACUCCAGUCCCUCAGUUUGCUCUGCUCUUGGUUAAUUAUUUAGGUCAACAGACAUUUGACUCCUGGAAACCUCUUUGCUGAUUUAGGUGCUUCAUCUCUAGUUCUAUUAGAGCAGAGAUGAACAGUCCAGGUUCUAUAAAUUCGAUUCAAAUAAGUUCUUUACUAAUUAGGCAUUUAACCCAUCUGCCCACAAUCUCAUAUGUUCAUUAUAAGGAGUAAUUUUGUCUAUUCUGACUUUCUUAUCAGCAUUGUUUGUAAAAGUAACCUCUGUUCCUGUGUUCUGUUGCUGAGCAUAGUAAUGAGAAUUUGGAUACAAAAUGUAUGAUGUCCAUUCAUAAAAUGCAAGUGGAAAUUACAGCUGCUGUGAGUUUGUACAUUUAGUUUAUGUCAGUUUGGAUAUUUCAUUUGAGUUUGCACAUUUAGUUUGUGUCCGUUUGGAUAUUUCAUUUGAGACUUUAUAAAAUAAAAGGUUACUAAUCCUGA